AUGUCCAAGGCCCAAUUUUUAAGGGAAUAUAAACUCGUAGUAGUUGGUGGUGGUGAUGAAGCAUUUAACUUUAAUUUUAUAUCUAUAUCUUCGUUACUUCAAAUAAGAGCUACUUUAACUUCGUUUUCUUUGUGUUCAUUCUGUGUAAUAAAAAUAGGUGUUGGCAAAUCUGCACUCACAAUCCAAUUUAUUCAAGCACACUUUGUUGACGAAUAUGAUCCUACUAUUGAAGGUAGUUUAGCGCUAACUCAAAUAUUAUCCAAUUUAGACUCCUAUCGCAAACAAUGCGUCAUUGAUGAUGAAGUCGCUUUAUUAGAUGUGUUGGAUACUGCUGGACAAGAAGAAUACAGUGCCAUGCGAGAACAAUACAUGCGUACUGGAGAAGGGUUUCUUCUUGUUUAUUCCAUUACAUCUCGUAAUUCUUUUGAUGAAAUUUCCACGUUUCAUCAACAAAUUCUUCGUGUGAAAGACAAGGAUUACUUUCCAACCAUUGUUGUGGCCAAUAAAUGUGAUUUAGAGAUGGAAAGACAGGUUUCUGGACAGGAGGGUCGAGAGCUUGCCAAACAAUUCAACUGUAAAUUUAUUGAGACUUCUGCCAAGCAACGCAUUAACGUAGAUGAAGCAUUCUAUAAUCUUGUUCGUGAGAUUAGAAAAUACAACAAAGAACAGCAAUAUGGGGGCCGAAACCCUGCAAAUCCGGGAAGCGGAAAUGAAUACACCCAUGAAGGAAUUGAGGAUGGUGGAAUGGAUUAG